AUGAGAACCCAGAACUUGCUUUCAAUCAGUUACAGGUUUCCACUGGACAAGAUCGGCAUCAGAGCCCUGGUCGAAACUGGUGGACCGCCUUUCUUUACGUCAGGGCUGAUAUGGAUGCCCUCUAAUUCAGGUCUAUAUUUAAGGAAAAGGGAGGUGUUGGUGGUUAAUAGAUGGAAGGAAGAGGAAAGGGGGCAGUCCAUUACUUGGUGUUCUUUUUUGGAAUUUUUGCAAACCCAUCGGCCAUUAAAUAUGGAAACAACGAACGCAUCAAUUGUUGAUGCUGGAAAUGCAGGACUAGAAAAAGUCGAAGCUACUGCAGCUGAAGAGGACAAUGUCAAGCAUAGUGUCGAUGAGCUAUUCGUAAAAGUUGAUAAUCUUGAACAACGAGUGAAUGAAGUUGAACAGUUUUACUUGGACUCAACUAAAAAGCAACUGAACCCCUCUAAAGGUAGCUCAAUAGUGAAGGAGAAGGAUAAGGAGAAACAUGUUCCUAGCAUUAAGAAGCAGCAACUGGAUGCAUCACGUAGAGAAGCAGCUGCUGCAAAGAGAAUGCAUGAGCUUAUGCGCCAGUUUGGCACCAUAAUACGCCAGGCAAUCACCAAUUUUUGCAAGUUUCUUUGUCUUUGUGGGUCACUGAGUUGGGGUGCAGCUGCUUAA